AUGGGUAAGAAACAGGGAGGUACUAACACGAAGGUAGAGGCAGCAAAAGCCAAGAAAGCGUUUGCUAAGGCUACCAAGGAUGCUGUAAAGCUUGCAGAAGAAGCUUCUGCAGAGUCUGCAGACUGGGCCAAAGGUGCAGACUUGCGCGCAGAGCGGAAGCGUCAGGAAGAAGAGCGGAAGCGUGCAGAGCAAGAGGCGAAGAAGGCGGAGAAACAAAAGCUGUUGGCAAUGGAAGAGCAUGCAUUGGAAGAAGAUCGACAUGCAAUUCGCAAGCAAAAAAAAGGCGGUAAAGCCAAUGGUGAAGCCCUGGGAGGAGGCAUUAAAGCCUGUGGCGAAGAAGAAUAA